AUGGCGUUCAGUACAUCAGGCUUAGAUGCUCUUGUGCGUCGUCCGGAGCAGGAGAGCAUCUGGAGACGCUUGCUGAGGGCCCCAGCGCCUGUAAUUGCGGAACUUGUUUACAGCCGAUUCGCUCAGACGCCCACGUCCAUGCCCACUGCUUCAUCCAUCCGCGUGGUUUGCAUCUCAGACACUCACAACACCCAGCCUCAACUGCCGGACGGAGAUCUCCUCAUCCACGCAGGUGAUCUUACCCAGUCCGGGACUCAAGCAGAGCUAGAAUUACAGAUCGAAUGGCUCGAUCGCCAGCCCCAUCGCUUCAAGGUAGCGAUCGCGGGCAAUCAUGAACUCUAUCUGGGUCCCAACGCUCAAGGUCAAGCCCCUGGUCGCAAUGAGCCUGUCGAUUGGAAAUCGAUCCGGUAUCUGGAGAACUCAUCGACAAUGCUUGAAUUUGGGGGUUGCAGACGCGUCAAGGUGUUUGGUUCCCCGUACACCCCGCGACACGGGAACUGGGCUUUUCAGUAUCCACGUAAUGAGAAUAUCUGGGAUGAGAUACGCAUCCCGGAUGACAUUGAUAUCUUGAUUACGCACGGCCCCCCGAAGACACAUUUAGAUCUGGGACGAUAUGGCUGUAGAUUCCUUCGGGACUGGUUAUGGUCGGUAAAACGAAAACCUUUACUGCAUGUAUUCGGUCAUAUCCAUGGGGCUUAUGGGAAGGAGACUCUGUACUGGGACGAUUUUCAACGAGCGUACGAGAGCAUCAUGGACGACAACGCAAAAUGGAUACAUCUGAUCAUGUUACUGUGGCGUGCACUUCUACUGCUUAUACGCCCGAGAGAUCCAUGUGGAAGGACUGUUAUGGUUAAUGCCGCUGCAGUUGGGGGACUUCGCGAUGAAAAGAGACGGCACGCUAUUUGCAUUGACAUCUAA